AUAGUAAAUAAAUAAAUAAAUAAAAAGAAAUGAAAGGACCUACGAAACAAAGUGCUUGUAAAUUUGCCUGUUUCUGGAAUCGUCCUCGCUUUGAGUCGCACUAUCGUUUUUAUCUGCUGGUUUACCGCAUUCCCACUGCUUAACAAUGGCUGAAAGUUGUCAUUCCACAUCACUUAAUGAAGAGAGUAUUAUGACCACAUCAAUUAACAAACGGCAAGCUCAUUCUGAUGAGGAGGAUCCCAUCAAAAAGCUGAGAAGCAGCGACGCUCAUGAUGAGGAGGCAAAGGCUGAAAUCACUGUUCCGAAAAAUGAAAAUGAAUUGUGUUUUGAAAUAGAAGCUGAUGCAGCUGAGGAUAAAGGUUCCAGGCACACCAUGGAGGAUGCUACAGUCCUUCUUCCUCAUGCUACCCUCCAAUUUCCCGGGAAAUUGAGAUGUGCUCAUUUUGCAAUAUAUGAUGGGCAUGGAGGUCGAUUAGCUGCUGAGUAUGCCCGGAAGCAUUUACAUGCCAAUGUUCUAUCUGCAGGCUUACCACGUGAGUUGUUGGACAUUAAAGCAGCCAAAAAGGCUAUACUCGAAGGAUUUAAGAGAACUGACGAGUCUCUUCUUCAAGCAAGCACCAAAGGUGGUUGGCAAGAUGGUGCUGCUGCAGUAUGUAUCUGGGUAUUAGGCUCCAAAGUGUUUGUUGCUAAUAUUGGAGAUGCAAAGGCAAUUUUAGCUCGGUCAUCUCCUACUGAUGGUUCAAGCAAGACUUCUGAUGGAUCAACUCCAAUAAAGGCCAUAGUCUUGACCAGGGAACACAAGGCUAUAUAUCCUCAAGAACGUGCACGCAUCCAAAAAGCUGGGGGAUCUGUCAGUUCUAAUGGACGAUUGCAAGGGCGCCUUGAAGUUUCCAGAGCUUUCGGAGAUCGGCAGUUCAAGAAGGUUGGUGUCAUUGCAACUCCAGAUGUUCAUUCAUUUGACCUUACUGCGAGAGACCACUUCAUCAUUCUUGGCUGUGAUGGCUUGUGGGGGGUUUUUGGGCCAAGUGAUGCUGUUGAUUUUGUUCAGAAGCUAUUAAAGGUGGGUCUACCUGUGUCAGCUGUGAGUCGCCGGCUUGUGCGAGAGGCAGUCCGUGAGCGUCAAUGCAAAGAUAACUGCUCAGCUGUUGUAAUUGCUUUUAGGGAAAAGUAGUAGAAUCUAAGCCACCAAAUCUGGUCUUGUUAUUUGGUUCAUGUUUUAUUGUGGGUUGUAUCUUGCUUUCAUCGAAUUUAGUUGCACAUUGUACCGUUCGGAGCUCUUGGCUUUUGACCAAGCUUUGCAAUUUGUUGUAGAAUAUGGCAGUCUUGGAAAUCUUUUCCAGCACAAUACCUAUCUAUGAGCAAAAACCAUCCAAAUUGUAUUUGAUCA